CGGCCGCACGAGGAGAGGCAGGCCCGCUUCCAGAACGCCUGCCGCGACGGCCGCUCCGAGAUCGCUUUUGUGGCCACAGGAACCAAUCUGUCUCUCCAGUUUUUUCCGGCCAGCUGGCAGGGGGAGCAGCGACAGACACCGACCCGGGAAUAUGUCGACUUUGAAAGAGAAGGAGGCAAGGUGUACUUGAAGGCACCUAUGAUUCUCAAUGGUGUCUGUGUAAUCUGGAAAGGCUGGAUAGACCUACAGAGACUGGAUGGUAUGGGCUGCCUGGAAUUUGAUGAAGAGAGAGCGCAGCAGGAGGAUGCAUUGGCACAACAAGCCUUUGAGGAGGCUCGACGAAGAACUCGUGAGUUCGAGGAUAGAGACAGGUCUCAUCGGGAGGAAAUGGAGGCAAGAAGACAGCAAGACCCUAGUCCUGGAUCUAACCUGGGCAGCGGUGAUGAUCUCAAACUACGUUAGUCAGCGGCGGCAGGCGUCCCACGGCUCUGCACACAUGCAUUGCUUCUACUUGGCAAAGGAUUGAAUAAAA